AUGUCUUGCCAGCCACUAAAACCCAUUUCAAUCGAAGCAGCGCUUGCCGUGGGCCAGCAACUGGCAACCCAGCUCCAUAUCCCACAGAAACUUAUCCUGAAGAAUAUCCAGGAGAUGUCACGUCCCCUCACACCGGCAGAAAACGGCUUUAUCAACAGCGUCGUCGGUUAUUUGCGAUCUAUUGCGGACACAGUUCAGUCGCCGCAAUACAUCAACCCUGCUCUCUCUCAAAAUAACAGGACCACUACUGUCCAAAACAUCCGUGGUGCUGCCGACAUUUACGCAGCAAUUGACAACACGGCCAACUGUGGUAAAGCGCUUUGCGUUGCACUUGGCGGCAAUGGCUUUAUUGGAUCAGUUACUGGUGUUAUAUUCAAGGAUCUCAGUCCACAGUCGGAAGUUUACAAGAAGCUAAACACCGAUGUCGGUGCCGCCAGUAACAAGAUGAAAGCGUUGUCACUUAGCUUGUCGACUACGAAUGGAUACAUUCCUCCUGUGAGUGAUGGGGGUAUCGCAUAA